AUCACUUCCGGUGGCCGAAGUAACAGCGCCAUAUUGUCUGGCUAAGAGAUUCGGUUACCACGGGAGGCGCGUCGUUGUGGGACGUGUAGAGAUUCCCGGGCGGCCUAUAGCGGAAGUAUACGAUCGGAGAACGGUUAAUAUCGAGCAGGAUCGUGUGCUUUGCAUGUGGAGUGGUUACUGUAAGUUGUGGCAGAUAUGUGGGAUCAAGGUGGACAACCUUGGCAGCAAUGGCCACUCAAUCAGCAGCAGUGGAUGGAAUCCUUUCAGCAUCAACAAGAUCCAAGUGAGUAUCUCUUAGGAGAGCUAAAUGGAAGUCAGAUAGAUUGGGCAGCAUUAGCCCAAGCUUGGAUCGCUCAGCGUGAAGCUACGGGUCCAGUGGUGGAGCCACAAGGCAUGAUUCCCAAUGGGCAGGACCUUCCACCUCCAGUUCCACAGAUGGAACCUGUUCCCAACAACCAUAAUUUUCCAAAUGAUCCAAAUUUUAAUCGAAUGUGGCAGCCAGAGUGGGGUGGAAUGCAUCAUCAACCACCUCCACACCAUCCUCCUCCAGAACAGCCAUGGAUUCCUCCUGUCCCUGGACCUAUGGAUAUUGUCCCCCCAUCUGAAGAUAGUAAUAGUCAGGACAGUGGUGAUUUUUCCAAUGAUAAUAGACACAUGUUUAACCAGAACAAUCAUAACUUUGGAGGACCACCUGAAAACUUCCCCAUGGGGCCAGGGAAUCAAUUUGAUUACCAGCAUGGUUCCAGCGGAUAUGGGCCCCCUCAAGGUGGAUUUCAUCCACCAUACUGGCAGCAAGGCCCUCCUGGUCCUCCGGGUCCACCUGCUCCACCUCCAAACAGAAGGGAAAGACCUUCCUUCAGGGAGAGGCAACGCUCACCUGUGCCAAUACCACCCAAACAAGAGCCUCUGCAAAUUGAUGCUGUUAAACGCAGGACUUUGCCUGCAUGGAUUCGCGAAGGUUUAGAAAAAAUGGAAAGAGAAAAACAAAAGAAGUUGGAACGUGAGCGAAUGGAACAGCAGCGUGCUCAGAUGAAGCAAGAACAGAAGAGUCAAGAUGCUGAGGGUGAUGGUCCUCGUUUACCUUUGAAAAGCAAAUUUGACAGUGACGAUGAAGAACAGGAAGAUGAUGAAAAUGAAGAGGACAGAGUUAGUCCGAAAGUUAGCCGCAGUCCUUCCCCAGCUCCACAGGAAGAGAACAGUGAGUCAGAAUUAACUGAAGAGGAGAGGGCUUAUCAAAUGAUGAUUUUGACAAAAAUGCUGCUAACAGAAAUUCUUUUGGAUGUCACCAACGAUGAAAUUUAUAAUAUUGCUAAAGAGACCCAUCGUAAAGCAACCAAAGCUCCUGCAAGGCAGCUGGCACAGUCCAGUGCACUGGCUUCCCUUACUGGACUCGGUGGACUGGGUGGUUAUGGAUCUGCAGAAAGUGAAGAUGAAAGGAGUGAAAGAGGUUCAGAAUCUUCUGAUACUGAUGAAGAGGAACUCCGCCAUAGGAUACGACAGAAGCUAGAAGCCUUUAAACGAAAGGAAAAAGAGCAACAGUUACUUGAAAGACAGCAAGAAGAGGAGAAACCUGAUGAUAAUAAUGAUGAUGAUGAUGAUGACGACAACAACAAUGAUGAAAAAAAUGAAGUAGACAAGCCUAAUACAGAUAUUACAGAUGACCUAGAAAUACAUGAGAAAAGAAAAGUAAAUGACGAGCUAGAAAGCGAAAAGAAAAUGGUUGAGGCUUCACCUGUGCUUGAGCCUAAAAAGGAUGUAAAGGAAAGGCCUCCAGCUAGAAAAUCAAGGAGCUCGAGUAGUAGUAGUAGCAGCAGUAGUAGCAGCAGUAGCAAAGAACAAAGUAGCAGUAGUAGUAGUAGUGUUUACAGUACCAGCUCUUCAAGCAGCCAUAGUUCAACUCCCUCUUUACCCAAGAGGAAAAAGAGACGAAGUCAUAGCCCAUCACUUACACGCAAAGUAAGACGCAGCAGGAGCAGGAGUGUCACACGUAAGAAUCGUAGAGACAGUAGUGGCAGCAGAGGGAAAAUUAGUGAGCGGAGGAGAUCUAGUAAAAAUAGCAUGGAUCGAGACUGGCGAAGGGAGCGUAGUAACAGCAGAGACAGAAGAGUGAACCACUCUAGAGAUAGACAUGCUGUUCGUAGUAGAAGCAGAGAUAGACGUAAAAGUGAUGACCAUCGCAGAAGCUCCAGUAGAAGCAUACACAAGCAUAGGGGCAGUAGUAGGGAAAGAGAGAAGGCAAGGAGUAGAAGUUUUGAAAUGGAUAGGAAGAGAAGAGAAUCUGAAAAGGAAAGAAAAAAGGAGAAGUUAAAGAAAGAUGAAAAAUAUAGGUUUAAUGUUCUGGAAGAUGAUAGAGUUAAAAGUAGGAGAGAGGGUGAAAGAACAUUCUCCCGCAGCGAGUCGUCUUCCUCCAAGGUGUCCCGGCAGGACUCCAGGCAUGAGAGCAAAAAAAAUUCUUCAAAGGAGCAGAAGAAGCGACUGUCCUCUAGUGGAAGAAGCAGUUCAGAAUCGCCUGUUUACAAGGAUAAAAAAUCUAAGAAAGGCAAACGAAGCCGAUCACGGUCUAUGGAGAAAUCUCAAAGGUCUGGUAAGAAGGCAAGCCGCAAACACAAGUCUAAGACCCGAUCAAGAUCAUCAACACCUGUUCGUCGUAAACGCUGAUGAAUCCACAGAGCAUCAUAAUAUUUUUUUUUUAAAUUCAAUGAGUUUUAAGGGCUUGUCUCAUUUUAGAGACACAUUAUGGCUACAUAGGUGCGGAAAACGAACCCCCUUCCCCUUUCCCCUCCCCCUUCCUAUUUCCCUAUCUACUUUUUAAAUGUGUACAUGGUUUUUCCUUUUUCUUGCUUAUGAAAGUAAAAGAGUAUUAAAACUACUUUGUACUGUA